AUGGGGGGCGACGCUGAGCCUGACGAUGCGGUGCUCUUCGUUGGGGUGUCGCUGGUACUGGGCAUCGCCUCCCGCCACCUCCUCCGCGGCACCCGCGUCCCCUACACCGUCGCCCUUCUCGUCCUCGGCGUCGCGCUUGGAUCCCUCGAAUAUGGAACACAACAUGGUCUAGGCAAACUUGGAGCUGGAAUUCAUAUAUGGGCUAACAUAAACCCUGAUCUUCUGCUGGCUGUUUUUUUACCUGCUCUCCUCUUUGAAAGCUCCUUCUCCAUGGAACUACACCAAAUAAAGAGAUGUAUGGCACAGAUGGUGUUACUUGCUGGACCAGGUGUGGUAAUAUCAACAGUUUUACUUGGCGCUGCCGUAAAGCUCACAUUUCCUUACAACUGGAGCUGGAAAACAUCAUUGUUGCUUGGCGGACUGCUUAGUGCAACUGAUCCAGUUGCUGUGGUUGCACUGCUAAAAGAACUCGGAGCAAGUAAAAAGCUUAGUACAAUCAUUGAGGGUGAAUCCUUAAUGAAUGAUGGGACCUCUAUUGUUGUCUAUCAGUUAUUCUAUCGAAUGGUGCUUGGAAGAACCUUUGAUGCUGGCUCAAUAAUAAAGUUCUUGUCUGAAGUUUCACUUGGAGCUGUUGCUCUGGGCCUUGCAUUUGGAAUCGUGUCAAUACUGUGGCUGGGCUUUAUUUUUAACGAUACAAUCAUAGAGAUUUCACUUACUCUUGCUGUCAGCUAUAUAGCUUUCUUCACUGCGCAAGACUCAUUGGAGGUCUCCGGUGUUUUGACUGUCAUGACGCUGGGAAUGUUCUAUGCAGCUUUUGCAAAAACUGCUUUUAAGGGUGAAAGUCAGCAAAGUUUACACCAUUUCUGGGAAAUGGUUGCCUACAUUGCAAACACACUUAUUUUUAUAUUGAGUGGCGUUGUUAUUGCAGAUGGCGUUCUACAAAAUAAUGCCCACUUUGAGAGGCACGGCAGUUCAUGGGGCUUCCUUCUUCUGCUCUAUGUCUUUGUACAAAUAUCUCGACUUAUAGUUGUUGGUGUUUUGUACCCAUUGUUGCGUCACUUUGGGUAUGGGUUGGACUUGAAAGAGGCCAUGAUUCUUGUUUGGUCUGGGCUGCGUGGGGCUGUUGCUCUGUCACUGUCAUUAUCUGUUAAGCGUACCAGCGAUGCAGUUCAACCUUACCUUAAACCAGAAGUUGGAGCAAUGUUUGUGUUCUUCACUGGUGGCAUCGUGUUUCUUACAUUGAUUUUUAAUGGCUCAACCACACAAUUUUUGCUACAUAUGCUCGGCAUGGACAAAUUGUCGGCCACAAAGCUUCGUAUAUUGAAAUAUACAAGAUAUGAAAUGCUAAACAAAGCAUUAGAGGCUUUUGGUGAGCUAAGGGAUGACGAGGAACUUGGACCUGCUGACUGGAUUACUGUAAAGAAAUAUAUCACAUGUUUGAAUGGCCUAGACAAUGAGCCAGAGCAUCCCCAUGAUGUUGGUGACAGAGAUGACCGCAUGCAUACCAUGAACUUAACAGAUAUCCGAGUGCGGCUUUUGAAUGGCGAUAGUGAGGUUGCGAGAACUGUUAUUGAUGAAAGUAACGCUGAGGGAGAGGAAGCUAGAAGAUUCUUGGAAGAUGUUCGAGUUGCAUCCCCACAGGUGCUACAAGUGCUGAAGACACGACAAGUCACAUAUUCUGUGCUGACACACUUGAGUGAGUAUAUUCAGAACCUCCAGAAGACUGGGCUGCUAGAAGAGAAGGAAAUGGUCCAAUUAGAUGAUGAUCUGCAGACAGACUUGAAGAAGUUGCAGAGGAAUCCACCAAUAUAG